GCACGUUCUGAGUGUAAACGCAGUCAAAUUUUAGUUAAAAUGCUUGUGAGAUUUUUAAGUCUUCUUGUAAUUGUGCUUGGCACUGUUUAUUCCGAACAAUACAAAUGCAAGCGUGCUUAUAAACCGUCAGAUUACACUGGCAAGCUUCGAGUUCCAAGCGAUUGCGUUUUUGAGCAGUCACCCUGCCCAAAGUCUUGGAAGAAAGGAAUACCUGAAGGCGGGGAAACAUCUAUGCCAAUGAUUGACCGAAAGUUUCUCAUUUGUCAUGAAGGUUUUUCUCUGUGUGGAUAUGUCCCGAUCGAUCCAGAAUCUGGUAAAGUCCUUGGGCAAAGUGGCGUUACGGUUGGCGGUGGUGUUGAUUUUGGAAGUAAGUCGAGGGAGGAUUUCAAGUCAUUGAGUCGCACACUUGUUGACAAAGUUGAACCUUACUUUGACUUGACAGAACAUCACGCUGCUUGUGCUGCAUUUGAACGUCCCUUGAGACUAACAUGGCUGGAAGCAAAUACGUUGACAGAUGCUGAUAUAAAAUACACGACCAACAAGAUCUCAAAAGAAUACAACAAAGCUAUAGAAAAACAUAAGAAUACGCUGCCGUUUGCAUCUCUCCCUCGCGGCAUUCGCACAGCCAUCAUAAGCGUUGCGUAUCAGUUCGGUGAAACACCAAAAUUUCCAAAGUUCUGGGGAAAUGUGACGAAAAACGAUUGGGACAAAGCGAUAAAAGAAUUGAGAAAAUUUUACAAGGAACCGGACAACCAACAACGGGGAGAUUUGAAAAGACGAAACAACGAAGCGGACAUAAUUGAAGCGACUCUUGUGAAAUGCAACCGAUCUGUUGACGUUGUUUUCUUGAUAGACGAGUCUGGCAGUGUUUCUCGCAGAGACUUUCAAGAAAGCCUCGAUUUUGUAAAGACCAUGAUAAAAGCAUUUCCCGAUCAAAAAAAAGAUGGCACCAGAUUCGGUUUGUCCACAUUCAGUUCCAGCUACAGAUCACAUUUCUAUUUAUCAAGCUACACAAAACAGUCAGAUUACCUUUCCGCAAUUGGUCGCGUUUUCUUCGCCCGUGGAGGUACUAAUCUUGGUCGAGCUCUUGAAGAAAUCUUAACCGAUCAAUUCACCGAAGAACGAGGUCUGCGUCCAGAAAUAGAUGGCGUACCUCGUGUUUUGAUUGUUCUAACGGACGGUCAAUCAGACGACAGUGUUUCAAUUCCAGCAAAGAAUGUAAGAGAUGAAAACAUCGUUGUUUAUGCGAUUGGAAUCAGCAAUUACAAUCUUAGACAGCUUCAAGAGAUUGCUUCUUCUGACUCACAUGUUUACAAGUUAUCCACUUUUUCCCAACUUGAAAUAUUUAUUUCAACGCUAACGUCGUCAGCGUGCUAUGAACCCCGUCCUGUGUCUCUUAACGAGACCAUUAUAACAAAUGUAGCAAAAGACAAGUAUCAGUAUUUCAGUUACAAAGUAAAGGAAUCUUCAAAUCUUGAAAUCAGUGUAGCAGACUUAUCUGGUAGUACGCUUGUUUACGUCUCUCGCACUAAUCCUCACCCUUACAAGUAUGACAAUGACAUUUCCUUCGACCUUUCGCAGCAAAAGAAGAAAAUCAUCGUCAUUUCAGCUCGUCCCACACCAGAUACAAAGGGAAAACGGUCAACCGACGACGACGAGCUCACACGACAAAUCUAUGCCUCGGUAACGACCGUCACCGACUCAGCUCGGUUCAAGAUUGAAGCCAAUGAAUGUAAUCCCUUGAACUGUACGGAGGGAACAAAUGAAAUGCCUAUACCUCCGAUAUCCUCAGGUGGUAUUGUUGCUGCUACAAAAUUCGUAGUGGUAGGUUUUGUGAUCUUCAUGAUGUUUUUUAAAUCACAUGGCAUUUGAACAUUGGCUUGUAUUUUUAAAAUAUAAAUGGACAAGUGGACAAAGACUUUCGGUUGUUAUCAUAUUUCUUAGUUUCUUAGCUGUGAACAUUUAUAGGUAAUAAUAAUAAUAAUAUAAUAAUAAUAAUGAUUUAUAGGUAAUACAUCAACAAAGUGACUCUUCAUUUACCAAAAUAUAGAAAUACAAUUUAAUUUUCUUAAUUGUAUACAAAUUCUAUACAUUGUCAAACUAUACGAAUACCACUGCAAUAGCUAUAACAGUUAACGUGUACGACAGGACAAAGUUUUUAAUUACUAGCUACUAUUAAUUGUAUUACAAGUUAAAACAAAAUAUUUAUAAUUAUGUAACCAUAAAUAAUGUGGGUUAUUUCAAAGUUUAGUCGAGUCUUGACCAUCUUUUCAAGACUAAGGAAUUUUUGGCCUCCUUACAAAGUAUUCGGUAGUCUCUACAGUUCCUAAUUUCUGCAAGUAUAAAUCAUUAAAAGAUGUGCUGACUGGUCCGGAUACUUGCAACUGUGCCGACUUUACGGUAAAUUUUAUACAUUCCUUAAUUUUACAAAGAUACGUUAUGGUCCUUUCGGGAUUUUGGCCAUUACUUCAUCAUGCCCUUACAGUAAGUUAUAC